AUGGUGCUUCAUUGGAAGGCACCGACCGAGACAGGAUGCCACCUAAGCCAGUCGAAGGUUCUCCUCUCCACGGACUACCUAGAAGAUGGUGCCCCCACCACCGCGCCCUGCAGCACCACUGUGGAACUAUGGGGUGUUCUCAGUGGCGAGUCCUGGACAAGAGGCCGCGACUUUUUCGGGAGGGGGGAGUCUGAAGGUGAGGAAUCGGUUUCCUUCAACGGCAGCGAGGAGGAUUUCGACGACUCCAGGCUUGGGGACGAGGAUGACGUGCAGGCAGAUGGCGACAGGUUCUGGCAGGAGAAGGAACAACUUCCUUUCGAUGGCCGCCUGCUGACCAACGAGCAUUUGGGCCAAGUGAUCAUACACGAAGUGGCGGUGGGCGGGAGCCAUUGCAUCCUGGUGACUGAUGCCGGCCAUGCCUUCGCCUAUGGAAGCAACUGCAGGGGACAGCUGGGGCUUGGAGACUUCAGCUUUGAGGACCCCUCGAGCUGCACACUCACAGCGCUUCCGCCACUCAGGGUUCCAGGUGCCCAGCCGCAGAUCAUCAUCGGAGCUGCUUGUGGAGGCGAUCACACCUUGCUCCUUGCGCGGGACGCCAACGGCACGACGCAGAAGGCCUUCGUCUGCGGAGCAUGGGAGGCUUGUGGCUUGGACACGUGUCAGGACCGGCCAACACCAACUCUGCUGCCGUUCCAGCACAAUGUCUCUGCAAUCGCCGCCCGCAUGGGCUGUAGCUGCUGUGCGGUUGCUGAGUCUGAUUCACAGACUGAACACCUUCUCUACCUCUGGGGCGAGGUAGACUGCUGUCCAUGUCCUGAUGUGCUGGAUCAGCCUACACCUCGUUUCAGACUGGAGCGUCCUGUCCGGGCCCUGAGGUUAGGCUCAGCCUUCGGCUUGGCCUUGGACGCUGCUGGAGAAGUUUUUGCCUGGGGCGACAGUACCUACGGCGAGAUGGGCAACGCCCCCAUCGAUCGGCGGGCACCGCACAGCCCGUUGCAUGCAGAAACCUCGCAACUUCCAGUUCCGGGACGAGUCGUUCUCCCACAAGAGGCAGCUUCUCGAGCUGCACAGGACGCGGCCAACAAGAAGGAGACAGAUGACAGACCGAAGGCUGUCAUUGACAUCGCCUGCGGCGAACGAUUCUCCUUGUUGCUGGACGAGGAUGGCCGCCUCUAUGCCUUCGGGGAGAACCUUGCCGGGCAGCCGCUGCACUGA